AUGAUGGCUUCUGACGCUAGUCAUAUGCUGGAAGCAGCUUUGGAGCAGAUGGAUGACAUCAUUGCAGGUACAAAGUCAGCUACAGAGUAUGCUAAUGGUGGUUAUGAUAUUGUGUCACCUGCUCCAUCAGUAUACUUGGGCACAUUUCAAAUUUUGCAUCUCCUGGAAGAUCUAAAGAUGGCACUGGAAAUGCUAGAGGAUCCUCAAGAGAAAGAAGCAUUGCGAAAUCAAAUUCCGGGGGCCACAGCAGUGUGUAUACGGGAGUGGUUUGAAGAGAAUCUGUCACAGGUUAAUCAUCAUUCAUCUAAUAAUGAAACCUAUCAAGAAAGAUUGGCACGAUUAGAAGGUGAUAAAGAGUCGCUCAUUCUGCAGGUGAGUGUUCUUACAGACCAGGUGGAAGCUCAAGGAGAGAAAAUCCGGGACUUAGAAAUCUGUCUUGAGGGGCAUCAGCUGAAACUGAAUGCUACAGAAGAAAUGCUUCAACAGAAAGACUUUUACUAUAUUCCUAAGGAGUUGCUAAGUCGAACAUCACUAGAGACUGAGAAAUUAGAUCUCAUGGCUGAAGUUUCAGACCUGAAGAUUAAGCUGGUUGGUAUGGAAAAAGAACAGAGUGAAUAUGAAGAGAAACAGAACAAAGCUGAGUCAGUAGUGAACCUGAUCAGUGAGCUACAGGAGCAGAUGUGUAGACUGCAGCUGGAAAUUAAUAGUAGAAUCCAAGAAAGAAAGUCUCAAGAUAGGAAAUCAGACUUGACACCUAAUGGUCCUCAAUCUAGUGCAAGAUCAGUGGCAGAGACUCUCAGCCAGAAGAAUUGCUCUCAGUGUGAUGGUUUGCUACAGGAACUUAGACUCCUCAAAAUUAAAGUGGAAGAACUGGAAAAUGAAAGAAAUCAAUACGAGUGGAAACUAAAAGCAACUAAAGCUGAGAUAGCCCAGCUUCAAGAGCAAUUAGCUCUCAAAGAUGCAGAAAUAGAACGCUUACAAAGUCAGCUAUCUAGGACCUCAUCACAUAGUGAAGUGGCAGAAAGAGAUCAAGAAGUUCAACGGUUGAAGAUAGGAAUGGAAUCAUUAUUGGCUGCAAAUGAAGAAAAGGACCGUCGAAUAGAGGAGUUAACACUAUUGCUAAGCCAGUACAGGAGGGUCAAAGAAAUAAUGAUUGCCGCUCACGGCUCUUCCAUCUCUGGUGGCAAUGAAGAGGAACUUGAGACAACUUUAAGGAAGUGGAAUCUUUUGAAUAAUCCUCAAGGAGAAUUAUUCAAAACAGAGGCUUCUUCAGGAGAAUUGUCACCAGCUGUGCUCUCUCCAGCGCCACACAAAGCUAUGGAAAUCAGUGGAAACAUUCCAGUAUCUUCAACUAAUUUAACCUCUCCCCAAGAAGAAUCUUUGGAAAUCAUAAAUAGGGUUCCACAGAAAAAGAAGUCAAGUAGUUUAGAAGACUUGCAGAGUGAAUCCCUAGAAAAGAGUAAACCAGCUGUGAAAGGCAGCAAGUAUCAAACCUUGCCAGGAAAGCUGCCUCGACCCGUACAGAAUGGAGAGCAGGGAACAUAUAAUUUGCCGGAUGGGUGUGGCAUGAACGACAAUGAGGACAACAGCAUCCUGGGCCUAAGUAGGUAUUUGCGCCACUCUGAGAGG